AUGUCUUCUUCUUCUAGCAACAAUGAGAAAUUGUCUUUCAAAUCCAAAAAGUACUCCUCUGAUUUACAUCUCACAUCAUCUUUCAGCCAUGGGAAAUCAAACACCCCAAGUCCCAACUCGGAUUUCCAUGCAUCUGAACAACAAUCCUCCUUCUCCCUGGAGGGGCGACAAAUCCCUCCUGCGGCUCCCCACCCUGCUGCUCCCAAAAGCAAAUUGAAGACUGCUUCAACGGCAAGAGACAUUGAUUUGGAUUUUGAACUGCUUGGACUGGAAGCUCAUCGGCGUAGACAACAGCUGAUGAUGGAUGACAUGUCUGGUCUUUCCUCUCCUAACUAGAAAAAUUCCAUGCCUAAUAGUCCAUCUUUUGGUGUUUCUAUGAGUGAUCACAUUGGGGAGUUAAACAGGCUUUUAGGGGUGAAGCCAUCAAACCUUGAUGAUAGCUUUGGAUCUCUUGAACAAUCAAUUUUGUCUAAAUUCCAUGGAAUCUCACUUGAUGUUGCAGGACCUCAGUUACAAUCUCCAACUGGAAUUCAAAUGCGUUCAAAUAUGAACCAGCAGCUGGGGGGCUAUUCCUCGGGCCUUUCCACCUCAAACAUGGUUGGAUCAAGAUCCUUCAGGGUUGAUUCAUCUGCUGAAGGAGCCUCGAUGGCUUUGAAUCCAAGAGCUGCUGCCUUUGUUAAGCGUAGCCAUAGCUUUAUCGAGCGAAGCAUGGUGGACCAUCAUUCUGAGGUUCCUUCUCCAAAGGUCUCUACUUUCACUAACUGGGGCUCACCUGAUGGAAAACUUGAUUGGACCAUAAAUGGAGAUGAGCUAAAUAAGCAAUGA